GGGUGGGCGGGCGGGCGCGGAGGUGAGCACCGGCACCUGGCGCGGCGCCCCAGUUCUUGGCGAGAGGCGCGGCACGGCCGUUGGGGCCGUUGGAGGGUGCGGGCGAGCUUCGACCUGGGUCGCGCUGGGAGAGGAGGGAGAUGCCUACUUAAAAGAGUGGUGGCAGCUGGACCACAUGCGCCACUGCUGAAUUAGUUCCUCAGGUCCCCUGACCCUGGACAUUGCUAUGGGAGAUUGGAUGACUGUUACAGAUCCAGGUCUGUCCUCAGAAAAUAAAAAUAUCUCUCAGUAUACCUCAGAAACAAAGAUGUCCCCAUCAAGUUUAUACUCACAGCAAGUGCUAUGUUCUUCAAUACCUUUAUCAAAAAAUGUUCACAGUUUUUUCAGUGCCUUCUGCACAGAAGAGAAUAUUGAACAGAGUAUUUCAUAUCUUGAUCAGGAAUUGACUACUUUUGGUUUUCCUUCAUUGUACGAAGAGUCCAAGGGUAAAGAAGCAAAGAGAGAAUUAAAUAUAGUUGCUGUUUUAAAUUGCAUGAAUGAGCUGCUUGUGCUUCAGCGGAAGAACCUUCUGGUUCAGGAGAAUGUGGAGACACAGAACCUGAAACUGGGCAGUGACAUGGACCAUCUGCAGAACUGCUACUCCAAACUGAAGGAACAGCUGGAAGCCUCCAGGAGAGAAAUGAUUGGGCUUCAGGAAAGAGACAGACAGUUACAGUGCAAGAACAGGAAUUUGCAUCAGCUGCUAAAAAAUGAGAAAGAUGAGGUACAAAAAUUACAAAGUAUCAUUGCAAGUAGAGCUACUCAGUAUAAUCAUGAUAUGAAAAGAAAAGAACGAGAAUACAAUAAAUUAAAGGAACGUCUACAUCAGCUGGUGAUGAACAAAAAGGAUAAAAAAAUAGCCAUGGACGUUUUAAAUUAUGUGGGGAGAGCAGAUGGAAAAAGAGGCUCCUGGAGGACUGGUAAAACCGAAGCCAGGAAUGAAGACGAAAUGUAUAAAAUUCUCUUAAAUGAUUAUGAAUAUCGUCAGAAACAAAUCCUAAUGGAAAAUGCUGAACUUAAGAAGGUUCUUCAACAAAUGAAAAAGGAAAUGAUUUCUCUUCUUUCUCCCCAAAAAAAGAAACCCAGAGAACGAGCAGAUGAUGGUACAGGAACUGCUUCCUCUGAUGUGGAAGACGAUGCUGGGGAACUGAACAGAGAGAGCAUGUGGGAGCUUUCCUGUGAGACCGUGAGAGAGCAGCUUACCAACAGCAUCAGGAAACAGUGGAGAAUUCUGAAAAGUCAUGUCGAAAAGCUCGAUAACCAAGUUUCUAAGGUACAUGUAGAAGGUCUUAAUGAUGAAGAUGUAAUAUCACGACAAGACCAUGAACAAGAAACUGAAAAACUAGAAUUAGAAAUUCAGCACUGUAAAGAAAUGAUUAAAACUCAACAACAACUUUUACAGCAGCAGCUCGCUACUGCAUGUGAUGAUGAUACCACUUCACUAUUACGAGACUGUUAUUUGUUAGAAGAAAAAGAACGCCUCAAAGAAGAAUGGUCUCUUUUUAAAGAGCAGAAAAAGAAUUUUGAGAGAGAACGAAGAAGCUUUACAGAGGCUGCUAUUCGCCUAGGCUUGGAGAGAAAGGCAUUUGAAGAAGAACGGGCCAGUUGGUUAAAGCAGCAGUUUUUAAACAUGACUACCUUUGACCACCAGAACUCAGAAAAUGUGAAACUUUUCAGUGCCUUCUCAGGAAGUUCUGACCAGGACAAUCUUAUAAUGCCCUCAAGGCUGCGGCAAAAGAAGCCUCACGGUGUACCUAACGGGUCUCCAGUUUGCACAUCUAAGCUGACUCAGUCUCUUCCUGCCUCACCUUCUACUUCAGACUUUUGCCAGACACGUUCCUGUGUGUCUGAACAUAGCAGUUCAAUCAAUGUGCUUAAUGUAACUCCUGAAGAAACUAAGCCAAAUCAAGUGGGACGAGAAUGUGCAAAUCAGAAGUGGAGUAUGGUGUCGAGACCUGGAUCCCAGGAAGGUGGCUACAGUGGCUGCUUCUCCCCCUUCACAAAUGCUCAUGUGGAGAAAGAUGACUUACCUUAGACUCGCCAGCCAUGAUGUCUUCAUGAACCUGUUCAUCCAACUUCACAUCUGAGUUGAAAACAGGGUACAGGGUAUAUCAUAAAGUUUGUCAUCUCUGAUGA